AUGUCCCAGGCCACUCUAAAAGCAACUCGCUCUCGAGAUGUGAAAAUGGAUCAUGAAAACCAGACCAGAGACGACUUCAUCUCACAUCAAGAGCAUGGCGACGACUCGUCGCGGUCUCCACCACGGCAAGGUCCCUGGAGGGUGAUACUUUGGCACACAGAUAGGGGAGGGAGUCCUUGCACCCGGCCGCGGAAAUGCCUCUCCUUCACAGAGUCGAGUCCCCCGGCCCGGGGUAGCCGGAAGUAUCCGGUCUUUCCGACUCGCGCGAACAUCAGUGUCCUGAGACUCCUGACACUGACAGCAAUCAGCCAGGCCCAGCAGCUUCUCGGAGCACGAGGCGUCGCCGAUCAUUUCGGCGCUUUCGCGCUGCUGCCCACUCUCAAGUUCCAGCUAGCGGUCGAAAGAUCACGAUGCAGGUCAGUUGAGCACCCAUUUGAAAUCCAACAGUGA